CUAAUUUUUCUAUGUUACAGAAAUUCAGGAGAGAAGAAACUGUGGUGACAAAUCAUGGAUAUAGAGUCUCCAGCUUCUCCAGGCAUUGAGUCACCGGCAAGUCCAACAUGUGCACCUGUUAUACCUGUUGUAGCUGAGAUCCCAGAAGAGCCGGAACACUUGGAAGAAGAGCCCAUAGCAGAAGUGCAAAUGGGUCCGCGAGCCAGUAGCGGAGUGGAAUAUCAGCGCAAGGCAUAUUCGAGUGCCGAAUGGUGUGAGCGAUAUCGUAAAAUCACUGCAAUCUAUGAAGCAUUUGUCAAACUUUCUUCCAUGGGUGAUGUAACCUCAGUAUAUCGCAGAGCAGUAUGGGUAUCACUGCCAACCACGGAGAAGGCCGUACUCGGUUUUGUUGGCUUGCUCAUUCACGAAAACACGCACCAGUGGUUCUUGAGUAAGGAGAAUCCGCAGUGUGCAAUGGACUACAGUUCUGUUGAAAACGCUGCUAUAACUUUGAUGAAAAUGGUCGAGAGCACGGUAUCUUCUUCCUUUCUGAAGCAGUCGGUCAUAAAUGUCCUUUCGUGGUGUUGCACUAUAUCCUCGGAACUGUCUCAGCACAAUGCUGGUCGCUCAACCCUCAUGAAUCUACCCCGUGGAGCUGAAUCCAUUCUCGAUAUGUUCAAGAUGGUCGGAUCUGUUGCUCAGUUGAUCAAGCUCAUCGAUGCUACCAUCAACAUUCUCCUUGCUAAGUGCCCUGACGAAUGCAUGACUGUGCUUUUCGAGGCUUCGCGACAUGGGACUCACUUCAACUGGAUCUGGCUCCAUAUCGCAAUCACAUUUCCUGGGUCUAUCGUUGAUCAUCUGUUUACCGUGGGCGCUAGUCAGUUCAAAGCGUACGUCGAGGAUUUCAAGAACAAAGAAAGGAGCCAGGUCUCUGCUACAAUCUUGGCUAGCAUCCAUGAGGACUACAAUAUGAAGCUUAGCUCUCUGUCUGAUGUGUUUAACUUCCUUACUCGACGUAGUAACACUGAGCUGGAAAAAGUUGUUUCUCGCAUGAUCAAGGAUAGCCUCGAUGCUAAUCCUAAGGAUGGUGUUUUUGAGAACUUGGACUUUGUAUUCUUCUUCAAGCUGGUGACCUGUUCUGUCGAAACACUAAGAUGUCUCAUUAGACAAAAUGCUGAUGCAGCCACGCCAUCCAAUUUUUUCCGUGGUAUCCGUCAGUUGUUGUCUGUUGAUCAGCGUCUCGUCCUCUCAUCUAUGCCUUACAUGGAGUUUGCGAAGCAAAUGAUCCGUGCAUUGGACGUCCAGUCACUCUCUGUCGUCUUUUCAUGUGUUAUGGAGAUGGCGCUAGAUCCUUUGAUUUUCAGCGAAUUUGAACACCAGGAUCCGGGGGUCUGCCGCGCUAUCAGGGAGAAGAUCAUUGUAGUUGUGGAUGAAAUCGUUAAUCUCAUCGUUCGAACAGUACAUUCAAAACAGAAUCUCUCCAUCGUUGACUAUCCAGCUGUUGCAGAGUUUGCAUCUGGAAAACGGUUGCAAUUUGUUAUCGAUGCUGCCAUCUCAAGCCCACCAUGGGCCGGGAGUGUAGUUCGCUAUUUGCACGGGGUGUCCAUAUGCUAUGGUGAGAGGAAAGCCGCUGAAAUUAUUGGCCGUUUUAUUGUUGGAUGCAAUGAAGCUCAAUCGCUCUCUGCCCUUUGCGCUUUUCUUACAACCAUAGUUCCGUAUUACCCGAAAGUGAUGAGUAUUGCGUAUGAAGAUUUGACAAAUGUAAUGUCAACCGUAGACAACGAGAAGAAGGCUGUGAGGAGCUCAAUCCUUCGAGUCUUGAACAACAUGCGGAUUAUUCUGGAAUGGGAGCAAACCGCUGACAAUUCUUUGCAGUUGAAAUAUUUUCGACUAUAUCCAGAUGGUGCUCUCGGAGUACUCUACACCAACCUAAUGUAUGAGGUAUUGAAUGCAGCAGAGCAAAGCAUUGAGGAAAAUGAGGUACAAAUUGCAAUGGACUUGGUAUUAGCUGUUUCUCGUCUUAUAGAAGUAACAGUGCCGCUUAUAGGGCAAGUUAGAGAAGGCUCACCUAAUCGCUCCGUUAAGAUGCAAAUUCGUUACGCUUACAAACUCAUGUUGCAGUUAGCUGCAUUGCAACGCUUGGCCUUGUCUAUGGUUUCCCGUGAGCAUGAAAUGGCGAUAUCCGUAUUUGAGGAAUAUCGAACUACAGUGUUCGUUUUUGUAACCCGUCACCUGAACCCGAUAUUACGCGGUUACAAUAACCUGUUCCUGCUGUCCUUUCUGACUUCUUGUCUUCAGGAUGCAAAAGGGCUUUUUGGCGAUUCAGAUGACCUUGUGGCUUGGAAGUACGAGAGUGAGGAAAGAGCUGGUAAGCUAGCAGAAAUCGAGCAAGCACAGGAGGAAUCGUUUUUGAAAGCACUCGAAUCCAUGCCACUUGACAGACGUCCAAAUCAGCUGGCUCAUUCUGGAACCAUCGGCAAGGGUGCGAGGCACUUGCAUAAGGUUGAACCACCGGCGGAGGAUGCUCUUCAUCGAGCUCAUGUGUUUUUGGACGCGAUGAGGACAACAUGUCUUUCGCAUACGAGGGAGUCCAAUCUCGAAACAUGCAAACUUGUGGCAGAAAUCAUGACAGAGGCGUUGUGCCACGACGCCCUUGGUGGAGACUUCCUUUUUCAAGACUGGGAUAUUGAGAGAGACUUUGUAUCAAAAUUUCUUGAGAUCUCAAAACGAUUGGAGUCAAGUUGGAUUAGUCAGGGCUUGAUGGAGAUCGUGGCAGAAAAUCCACCUUGUUUGUGGUUCAUGCUGCCCGUGGUUAAGGCUGAACUUGCUACGAUCAUGACCAGAUAUGAGAAUGUUGUUGACAAAUCAAAACGGCCCACAGAUGAGAUGAUUGAUCGAUUUGACCGCUGGUUGUACAUAGUGCGCAAAGGAGACAUUUUGUCAGAAAGAUUUGAGUUGACUUUGGAAAUUCUUCCUUACGUUUCGUGCUACGAGGGAUUUUUGUUGUUGUUAGAAAUAUGGAGGCACUUCCAGCGAAGAGGUGCUUCUUACAAUAGUGUACUCGCUGUCCAUAGUGCUAUCCUGAAGGGUGAAGACGCGAGACUACAUAUCACAAUGGACUCAAACACGGAAACUUAUCGACUCGUCCUGCAGAAGAACAUCUCUGAACUUGGUUAUCUGUUCCCGUUAUUGUAUGUCGCUGAGACAGGAUCGUAGUUUUGCUCUAUCGUUCUUGCUAAUAAUGUACGGUCCUAAUCGUAAUUGUAAACUCAUUCUCAUUCAAAGAUCUCUUGUCUUUUUCAUCUUGUGAUCUUCCUAAAAAUCAAACACAGCUUUGCACUGUACUUCUUCGGAGACGGCCAUUCUGCACUGCGCAAGCAUUGGUUGAGUAGGAGCAGAGUGCCUUAUAGACUGAGACGCGCAAGCGCAUCCUCACAUAGGAAGGAAUUAGAGAAAAACUAGCUGGCUCACCCGACUCCGUCCGGCCCUGUCAAAACACUACGAUAAAGGUCCCAUCCCUAAUCCUGUACAACUUUCCCUGUGCCCGCUUCUACAUGCUAGUGCCCUAUUCCCGUUGUGUUAGUGAUCAGCAUGCUCACUUACUCCCGCCCUGCCAACUUCCAGCCCCGUGGCUCGAACUUUGCAAAAGAUCGAUAAAGUCGAUAUUGAUCGAUAGGAAAAGUAGCUUAUGACACA